CAACCUCGACGAAGGGGUGGCGUACCGAGGCAGCGACCAGGGACGUUACUGACUAGGAGGGAAAUUUUAACCAACAAAAAGUACCAGCCAGUGGUCGUGCUCGUCGAUUGUUUGGCAGGCAAGGCAGACAGGCAGCGCGUCGCAAAAAUGCCGAGAAUCAAAAAGAGGCACGAUGAGGAGCCGGUGAUGAGGAUGAGAGAGCUGCCCGAGACGCUAACCGCGGGCAGAUCGCGCCGCACGAUAAAGCCCAAUCCAAAGUACAUGAACGACGAAAUGCUCGUUCCGACGGGCAGGAACACCGUGGACGAGAACGAGAUGAGCGCCGAGGAGGAGUACAUUGUCGAUUACGAGGAGAACGAUGAUCCGGAAGAUUCGGGACUGGUUGUGCGGCGCUCGGUCGUCAGUUCCACUCCGCAAACGGACGGGCAGCCGAGGCGCAGGGGCCGUCCGCCGAAGCAAAAGAAUGUGGAGGCGCCGCGCACCGAACCGGUGAAAAACCUUCGCAAGGAGGUGCUGAAAAAGCUAGACUACAGGACGAUUAGCAUUAGCAAAUCCCGCCACAUGGGCUCGCAGCAGCUUGAUGGAAGGCGCAAGCUGAACCUGACCAUAGACUCGGUGGACACAGAUUCCGCCGAUCAGGACGAAAUGGACGACAUGGAUGGGGAUCGACACUCGCUGCGGUCACGCGGCAACAGCGGGGAGCUCGUGAAUCGCACGCAGAAGGUGCUGAAUUCGGCUGCACCGAAGAAGCAGCUCCCCGUGAGGAUGAUGGAUCGUCGAGGCAGUGCCAUUGCCAAGGGUGGUUCGAUAGAUAGCAAAAUGGACGCCACAACUGAGGAGGACGAGUACGAUGAUGAGGAGGAAGAUUACAUGAACGACUCCGACGCGAAGAUGAGCGAGGAGGCGCCGGCCAAGCGUUCGGUGGGCCGUCCCCGCAAGCACCCGGUCAAACAGGUUUCGCCCUUUGGGGGCAAGGUGCUGCUGCCGGGCAUGAAAACCUCCCCGACCGCCGCCGCCCCGGUCCUGAAGCGCAAGGCGCCGGAGCUGGACGAAGAGUCGAAGCCGCAGGAAUCGCAGCAAUCGAAAAUGUUGCGCCGCUCGUACGGGCUGAAGAGUGUGCACGAGUCAAACCAAUCGUCGCAGGAGGGCGAAUCGGAAGAUAACUACGAGCUGGAAGAUAAGAAGCCCAACCGAUCGUCCACCUCAUUCCAAACCCAGGCGCGGGAACGGGGCCGUCCGCCGAAGGGUACCUUCACACCGGGGCAGUUGGUAAAGACGGAGAAAACUGGCACCGGUGGUGGUGGUGGUGGUGGUGGUGGUGGGGCCCCCCCAAUGGCCAAUCGAUCAUUGCCCGAAACGAAACUAACAAAACCAUCGCCGACGAUAACGAUCGUGAACGUGAGCGAUAUUAUAAAGAUGCGCUCGAAAAGCUCCGGCGACCUGCGGCGAAGGUUGGACGAGGAGGCAGCAUUCGAUUCGGAGGACAUGUCCGAGCAGGAAGAGGCACAGACGGACCGCAAGCAGGAGGACGGCAAAACGAACAACCAGCUGGUGGCGUCCAUCCUCGAGCGCAAGCGGCCAAUCUCGCUCGAGCAUCUGCAGAAAGUGCGCCGGCACAUCCGCGACAUGCCGACCAAGGGCGAGCUGAAGGGAGGAAAGCAGCGGGCCCGCCCGGCGACGAAUGAGCUCAGCGAGAACGAUGUCGUUGACUUCGAGGACGUGCUGCAGAAGAACAUCGUGAGCGCCGACAAGGACACCCGGCUGGUUACGGUCGGCGCGGUGCGAGGGCGUGCCCGGCCAGCGGGCAAUGCGAAGCAGGACGAAAACUACGGCUACGCCACAAAGCGUAUCCCGCCGGGCAGUGCGGGAGGCAAGGCGGCGGGCGGUGGCGCUGCUGCCACGACGAGACGGUCGCUGCAGCCGCCCCGAAUACUGAACGCGACCAUGAAGCUGGGCGACAACCGUCCCCGGUCGAAGCAGGCGGGCGGUUCGGGCGACAAUCACUACUCGAUCGAUCUCACCGAUCCGGACAACAACGUAAAGCUGGUGUCCUCUUCGAACGAAAACUCUCCCUCGAAGCGGUCGCCGGCGGCACCGUUCGGGCAGAAAGCGCCAGCGAAUGUGGCCCGCUCCGCCACCGGGAUCGUGCGGGACAUUAGUAAUAGUGGCAGUGGUAGCGUGCGUUCUUCACCGCAGGAGGUGAAGAAGAAGCGCGUCACGCUGUACGAAACGUGGAACGUGCUGCACAUUCGUUCGUUCGACUCGACGAUGAAACCGCCCCAGCUGGCAAUGAACAUGAUUAGCCUCGGCAAUUCGGCGGCCGAUAUCGUGAUGCCAUCGAGCGCCUGGUCGUUCCGCACGCUGCUGGAAAAGCGCAAAGUGCCUGCGGGCGAGGGCGACCUCCUGUUCGCUGGCAAGAUACAGGACGUUACGAUCAGCGAGGAGGACAAGGCGAACUACGAGCCGAGCAAGAUCAUGUUCCGCCGGAAGGCGGCCUCGCCCGGCAAGUUUAACGUGCAGUUCGACCGGACGGUCACCUUCCGCGGCGACACCUACUCGCUGAACGUGAACGGGCAGAGCUGCAAGCUGAUGGCGGCCCCGAGCCGGAUAGACACGCUCGAGGAUAUCGAAACGCUGCUGCAGAUCGUGGACCAUGUCGAUCUGAAGCACAGCUGCAUCCAGCUGCAGCCGCCCUCGCGUCUACAGAUGCGAGAUGCUACCGGCGGUACCAGGCGCGUCGCCGUUAGCAAAGAUCCCGUAAUAAUGUAA